GCCCCGACCGCUUCUUCGCAAACCUCCCCGCUCCCACUCCCCCCUUCGUCUUCCUCCGUCUCCAUCUCCCACGGAUCACCCUCUUCCUUCGUCUUCCUUCGCAGACCUGCAUUUGCUGGUGCGCCGCCGCCGCGUGGCGAGGAGCUAGCCCGCGCGGCCGGCCAGCGCCAUGCCUAUCCCCAAGGCCGACGAGCUGGUUGUGCACGCCGUCAAGGAGCAGUUCGUCGGCCUCGACUUCUGCAUCACCAGCCCCCCGCCAUGGCUCACGACGAUCCUCGUGGGCUUCCAGCACUACCUGGUGAUGCUCGGCACCACCGUCCUCAUCGCCACCAUCAUCGUCCCGCUCAUGGGCGGCGGCCAUUAUGAGAAGGCGAUUGUGAUCCAGACCAUCCUGUUCCUGUCCGGGAUCAACACGCUGCUGCAGGUCCACUUCGGCACGCGGCUCCCCGCCGUGAUGAGCGGCUCCUACACCUACAUCUACCCGGCCGUCGCCAUCAUCCUCAGCCCCCGAUACGCGCUCGUCAUCGACCCUCUCGAGAGGUUUAUCUUCACGAUGAGGUCGCUCCAGGGCGCGCUCAUCAUCGCCGGCGUCUUCCAGGCCGUCGUCGGCUUCUUCGGCAUAUGGAGAGUCUUCAUAAGGUUCCUCAGCCCUCUCGCGGCGGUCCCCUUCGUCACGCUCUCGGGCCUGGGACUCUUCUACUUCGCGUUCCCCGGGGUCACCAAAUGCAUCGAAGUGGGUCUCCCGGCCCUCGUCCUCGUGGUGAUCUUCGCGGAGUACGCCGCCCACUACUUCGCCAAGGGGAGCAUCGUUUUCGGCCGGUGCGCCGUGCUGGUGACCAUCAUCGUCGUGUGGAUCUACGCCGAGAUCCUGACGGCGGCCGGCGCCUUCAACAAUAGGGGCCCCGUGACGCAGUUCUCCUGCCGCUCCGACCGCGCCGGGAUCAUCGAGGGCUCACCUUGGGUGAGGUUUCCGUAUCCGUUCCAGUGGGGAUACCCGAUUUUCUGCUUCCAGGAUUGCUUCGCCAUGAUGGCUGCUUCUUUUGCAUCACUUAUUGAGUCUACCGGCACCUUAAUUGCAGUGUCAAGAUACGCAGGCGCCACGUUCACCCCACCCUCCGUGUUCUCGCGUGGAGUUGGCUGGGAGGGCAUAUCUAUCAUACUGGACGGGAUGUGCGGUACACUGACAGGAACUGCAGCUUCAGUUGAGAAUGCAGGCCUGUUGGCAGUGACGCGCGUUGGAAGCCGGCGAGUUGUAAAGAUCGCAGCCUUGUUCAUGAUUUUCUUCUCAUUGUUUGGCAAAUUCGGGGCGGUUCUUGCAUCCAUUCCAUUGCCGCUUUUCGCUGCGGUGUAUUGUGUCCUCUGGGCUUAUGCAGCUGGUGCAGGCUUCGCCUUCCUUCAGUACUGCAACCUCAACUCCUUGAGAACAAAGUUCAUACUCAGCAUCUCGAUAUUCCUGGGACUGUCCAUCCCACAGUACUUCCGGAUCUACGAGAUGUUCUUCGGCUUCGGACCAGUUCACACCCAUUCAGUCGCGUUCAAUGUGAUGGUCAAUGUCAUCUUCUCGUCGCCGGCGACGGUGGCCGCCAUACUGGCCUACUUUCUGGACGUCACCCACCUGUACUGGGAGGCUAGUGUGAAGAAGGACAGGGGUUGGUUCUGGUGGGAGAAGUUCAAGAACUACAAGUAUGAUGCCAGGAGCGAGGAGUUCUACCGUCUUCCUUAUGGCUUGAGCAGGUACUUCCCCUCGCUUUAGGAUGCCGAGAGGAAGAUGACAGACCAAGUUCUAUGUAACUGGUGGAGCGUAGAAGAUGAACACUAGUUCAAGGCAAUAGAACCAUAUGUUAUUAUCAAGCAGUUGGGAAGGAGCUUGAUGUUUUGAUUUACCUUAUAAAGCAUUUUGGAUGAUAAACUUUUGUAAUUACUGGGAGAGUAGGAUGGUAUCGCCAUCAACCAGGGGGAGAAUUCUGCAAUAAUUCAGUCACCAUUUUUGCUUCA